AUGGAGACGGAUGCACUGCCGCUGGAGCGCGGCGGCGUGGAGAUGACGACGCUGCUGCAGCCCGCGGGGUCGCCCCCAGUUCACGCCGUCUCGCAGGAAAACCUCACGCCCACGCACCAGAAGAUGCAACUCAUGCGGCGCGUACGCAGCGUGCAAGACGCCGCCAAACAUGGACUGCUUUUGAGCUCUCAGAGCCGCAGUACAAGCCGCCCCGGUCAAUACGGAGCCGUUAAAUCAUUACUACUCGACGUUGUCGUGAACGGGACGUCAGGCGUGAUUGCGUUUUUACUAUCGUCGACACUUGCAGUGUCCUGUGCCAGUGUUGUCGUGGGCCACGGAACGCCAUUGGCCACAGUAAUCGCCCACUUCAUCGACAUUAACCUUCUCGGUACUGCGAUUUUGUCGGUGGUUCUAGCUUGGCAAAGUUGCGCGCCAUGGACAUUAGGUGCCAUCGAUGUGUUCGUGGCGCCAGUAAUGGCCGAGAUGGCCGAGAAAAUCUCGCACCAUUUGCAUGGAGAUCUGGAAAAAGUGGUGCCCACCACAGUCGUGAUGGUCGCCAUCACCUCCAUGAUUCUAGGCCUCGUCUUCUUCUUAAUGGGGUUGUUUCGAGUCACAUCCAUCGCAAACUACAUGCCGUAUCCGGUAAUUGCAGGUUUCUUAUCCGGAAUCGGAGCGCAAUUAAUGAAGAACGGAGUGCACAUGGCGUCCAGUAAAGCGGUGACAGCGGCGUUCUUCACGUGGAAAGUGCAGCUGCUGUUACUCCCCGCAGUGGCUUUCGCUGGCUUGGCUAGACUUGGUCAGUACUUGAAAUUCCCCGUGGCUUUCUCCUUCCCGUGUUUACUAGCUCUGUCCCUUGUGGGAUUCCAAGUCAUUGCCUCCAUGUAUGGGUCCAAUAUGGAACGACUGGGUAAAGAAGGCUGGGUGUUUUCGUGGGACCCAGUGGUAGUGGAAGAUACGCCGAUGUGGUUUCCUUGGGCUGAGAUCGACUUUCAACACGUGCAUUGGCACACGCUUACCAACGAAUGCAUGGAGUUUAUGGUCUCUCUUAUCAUUCUCGGAGCACUCAAAUACAGUGUCGCUACCACGUCACUUUCGACGCUUUUCGGACGGGAAAUCUCUCCAGAUAACGAGAUGCGAGUGAUCGGAUUGGCCAAUCUCGCUAGUGGCUUGAUGGGGUGUUGUGGAGGCUGUCACUACCUGUCUGCUAUGGGCAUUAUGAAGCAAUUUGAGGCUCAUGAGAAGGUCCCAGCUUUGGUCUGUGCCUUCCUGGUUGUGGUGCUGUGGAUGGUGGGUAUCCGGAUGCUUCAAUUCGUACCCAAAUUCAUCUUCGGCGGAUUGCUGCUGAGUGUUGGACUGCACUUUUUAGAGGCCUAUUUGGUGACCCCAUUCCACUUCCUCAAGCCUAUUGAAAAGGCCACAGUUGUGCUCAUUACGUCGAGCUUUUUGAUUAUUGGCAUGUUGGAGAGUGUAGCUCUGGGUAUCACUAUCUCCAUGAUCGAACUCAUCUGGCGUAUCCACGCUGUGGGUUGUGUACACCACGAAACAACUGGUGCAUUAACUCGUAGCGCAGUGGACCGUACGCCCGAACAAACGGCGUAUCUCGACUCGGAAGGAAGCGCCAUUUUCGUGUUACGACUCCAAGGAUAUCUGUUUUUCGGAACGUCAGUCAACAUCUUGGAGCGUAUGGACACUCGCGUGCAUUCGCUGGAUUUCCCCAAACUCAAGUUCGUGGUUAUUGACUUCGGACUUGUCCCGAGUUUUGAUGCUACUGCGUUACUCAAUUUCCGCAAAACUUCAGCUCUCGCAGACAUGUACAUGUUCGACAUCUACUUCUGUGGCCUCAAACCGGAGAUUGAGUGUGCACUUCGACAAAAUCACUACUCGCGACGUGUGCAUUUACUUAGUAGCGACGUGGAUAUCGCACUGGAAAUCUGCGAGAACGAACUGCUUCCUGAUGAUAUUUGUUUAACGCCUCAAACUCCGAGACCUGGCAAGUCUUUGAACGAGUGGAAGGGGAAGAGUCAGUUGGAACUUUGGGAACAUUUCAUGACUGCGUCACCCGAACAUGACGGCACUGCGAGUUACCAGAAGCUGCUCCCUCUUGCGGCGUAUCUGGACAUUGUCGUGGUGCCCAAUGGGUCACAACUUGUGCCUGAGCGUCUGCGGGAUGACACGUACUUUAUCUGCUUUGGGUACAUGAAUUUUGUCACGGAUUCCGAGUUUUCGAAUGCACACAAUAUCCCUGGAAUCCGAUACUCGGAUGUUGUCUUUAAUCGACGUAAACUGUCGUUUGUGGUGCCGGAAGAAUCUCAGUGGACGCCGUUCACGACGUCCAAGUCGCGAUUGCUGAAGAUCGGGCCAGGUUCUAUCAUCACGCCGAGUGUGGCUGGUAUGGAUCCAGAUUACAAAUACUUCGCUACUUCAGACAGCGUAAUGUUGCGCUUAAGGGCUGCAGCGAUGGAGACUUUGGAGGAUCGCGCACCACACACGGCAGUAGCAGUGCUCAAGCUUAUCAAUAUGCGCUUGGCCUCAAGUUUCCGCCACUCCAGCAAGCGCGUCUCGCAAAUGUCUUCGCUGCUGUACAAGUAG